AUGACUUUAUCCCAACAUGUUUCAGAGGAAGAACAAUCGCUGUUUUGCGCUAGACCGCCUUUAUGGCCAUCUUCAUUCUCAAAUUCACCAACUCUCGGAUAUGGUUCUACGGAUAUAGGGUCUUACCCAAAAGACAAGACCAGCGGUGAAACGAAAUUAGUCAACCAAGAUGAUGUGCCAGAAGAUGCUGCAGUUGGUAGAAAUUUGGGCUGGACAUCUGCUGUUAUGAUGAUAUUUUCUCGAAUGAUUGGAAGUGGAGUUUUUGCGACACCGGGAACGAUAUUGGUUACAGCUGGUAGUCCGGGAAUGAGCUUAGUGCUAUGGACUCUCGGAUCACUAAUCAGCUUCUGCGGUUUGGCUGUUCUGUUAGAGUUCGGCACGAUGCUUCCAAAGAGUGGAGGAAUUAAGCUAUAUCUCGAGUAUGUUUAUCAAAAACCAAGAUUCCUAGCCAGUACAGUGUUCGCAAUUCAAGCAUUACUCCUCGUUCUAUAUUCAUUCUCUGGUUAUGGAAAUGUGAACAACGUGAUGAACGAAGUCAGGAACCCUGUUAGAACUCUGAAGUCAGCAGCCCCCGUGGCAGUGAUAAUAGUGGCAGGGACAUACCUACUUAUCAAUUUGGCAUAUUUCUCUGUGGUGCCCAUUGAGGAAAUUAAGGAAUCUGGGCAGCUUGUCGCAGCUUUGUUUUUCACUCGUGUCUUCGGAUAUACUGCGGGGAGAGUAUUGCUUCCGGGCUUGAUUGCUAUAAGUGCCCUAGGGAAUUUAUUCGUGGCUAUUUACUCUGAAUCUCGCAUUAACCAAGAAAUAGCCCGCCAGGGGUUUUUCCCAUACGCCUCAAUCAUUGCCUCGAAUAGGCCGUUUAAUUCUCCCUUGGGUGGCCUCAUAGUUCAUCUAGUCCCUUCAAUUCUUAUGAUAACACUUCCUCCGGCAGGGGAUAUCUACGCAUUUAUUUUGGAUGUUGUUGGAUAUCCUGCACAGUUCACAUCGAUUGCAAUUGCAGUUGGCCUACUUCUUCUCAGAAAGCGGGAGCCACAUCUUAAAAGACCUUUCAGGGCUUGGAGUCUGGCGGUAUAUGUUCAAAUCUUAGUUUCAUUGGCCUUACUGCUAUCGCCGUUUAUGAACACAAAAGAAGGCAAGGGGGACACAAGCUUUUGGUACGGGACUUAUGCUGUGGUUGGGACAUCAAUCUUGGCAUUUUCCUUCCUGUACUGGUUUGUAUGGAUCAAACUUCUACCUUGGUGGAAAGGAUAUACAUUGGAACAAGAAGUUGGUGUUUUAGAUGAUGGAACAACUGUGAAGCACCUAGUUAAGUUGUAUCAGUGA